GGUGUGGCUAGCCAUGAACUAUCCUUUUCUUCUCCCUCUUUUUCCCAGAUAUCUCCCGGGGCCAAUUCAUCACCUGUGCCUGGCCAUCCUAACAAGGUGAUUUGUGAAAGGGUGAGACUUCAGAGCCUGUUCCCUCUUCUCCCAAGUGAUCAGAACACUACCCUUCAAGAGGAUGCUCACUUCAAAGCUUUCUUCCAGAGUGAAGAUAGUCCAAGUCCUAAGAGACAGCGCCUCUCUCAUUCAGUCUUUGAUUAUACAUCAGCAUCACCAGCUCCCUCACCACCAAUGCGACCAUGGGAGAUGACAUCAAAUAGGCAGCCCCCUUCAGUUCGACCAAACCAACAUCAUUUCUCAGGGGAACGAUGCAACACACCUGCACGCAACAGAAGAAGUCCGCCUGUUAGGCGUCAGCGAGGAAGAAGGGAUCGACUAUCUCGACAUAAUUCCAUUAGUCAAGAUGAAAAUUAUCACCAUCUCCCUUAUGCACAGCAGCAAGCAAUAGAGGAACCUCGAGCCUUCCACCCUCCGAAUGUAUCUCCCCGUCUGUUACAUCCAGCUGCUCAUCCACCCCAGCAGAAUGCAGUCAUGGUUGACAUACAUGAUCAGGUAACAUUUUCUCAAAAGUUCUACUUUCUCUGCAAAAAGCUCCAUCAAGGAACAGUUCCUGUCUCCUACACGGUAACCACAGUGGCACCCCAUGGGAUUCCACUCUGCACAGGCCAGCACAUCCCUGCUUGCAGUACACAACAAGUCCCAGGCUGCUCUGUGGUCUUCAGUGGACAACACCUCCCUGUCUGCAGUGUGCCUCCUCCAAUGCUUCAGGCAUGUUCAGUUCAGCACUUGCCAGUACCAUAUGCUGCGUUCCCACCCCUUAUUUCUAGCGAUCCAUUUCUUAUACAUCCACCUCACCUUUCUCCCCAUCAUCCUCCUCACUUGCCACCACCAGGCCAGUUUGUCCCUUUCCAAACACAGCAGUCAAGAUCGCCUCUGCAGAGGAUAGAAAAUGAAGUGGAACUCUUAGGAGAGCAUCUUCAAGUAGGCAGUUUUACUUACCCCCCUUCAGCCCAUCCCCCAGCAUUACCUCCGUCUGCACCUUUGCAGUUCCUGGCACAUGAUCCUUUGCAUCAGGAGGUGUCCUUUGGCGUACCUUAUCCUCCAUUUAUGCCUCGGAGACUCACAGGACGUAGUAGAUACCGAUCCCAGCAGCCAAUACCACCUCCCCCUUAUCAUCCCAGCUUACUGCCAUAUGUGUUAUCAAUGCUUCCAGUACCACCUGCAGUGGGCCCAACUUUCAGCUUUGAAUUGGAUGUGGAAGAUGGAGAAGUAGAAAACUAUGAGGCCCUGCUCAACCUGGCAGAACGACUGGGAGAGGCGAAACCUCGGGGCCUGACUAAAGCAGAUAUUGAACAGCUUCCUUCCUACAGGUUCAAUCCUAACAACCACCAGUCAGAGCAGACUUUGUGUGUAGUGUGCAUGUGUGAUUUUGAGUCAAGGCAGCUUCUUAGAGUCUUACCCUGUAACCACGAGUUCCAUGCCAAGUGUGUCGAUAAAUGGCUUAAGGGAAAUCGUACUUGCCCAAUUUGCCGAGCUGAUGCUUCAGAAGUGCAUCGGGAUUCAGAGUGACCAGCCUAAGAGCACAGAUUUAGUUUGGGUGUUCCUCAUCACGUGUAUAUAUGGACUAUCCAUUGAACUUAACCUGUGUGGCUUCCAGCCCUCCCUUUACCAAAAGGGUCAAUGGACCUUUCUUUGCACUGUGUGACUUAAUCAACUAUAAAAGCUUACAAUUAGUCUUCACAAUUAUGGGAUUGUUAUACUAACUGUGUGAUUGGAACUCCAAAGAUCUUUUCUUUAGCUUAAUUUCGUGUGUGCACUAACAUUCCCUGGUUUUUGUGUGAUCAUUCCGAGUGUUGCUGCAAGAUUACAGUGGACGUGAUCUUUUAGCAUGUGCUUUUAUAAAAAAUGGUAGCCCCAGAUGAUAUAGCAAUCUACCUUAUAUAGAGCCUUCAGAAACUGUGAGUGGAAAUGAAUGCAGUGUAUGACUGUUGGUGAUAAGUGAAUCUGUGUGAAAGAGUGUGUGCAACUACAUGUGUGUGGGCAUGGUAGCUAAUGUCUGUAUGAGAUCCUAUAUACCAGCAUGUACCAAGAAUGUGUGUGUAGUUUUAAUUAUGCUGCAAUGUAUAAUCUGGUGUGUUAUUUAAACAGCACUAGUACUGUACACUGGUUUUCCCCUUGUGUUUGCUGUUGCACACUGAUUGCUAAGGGUGCAUCAAUUCUAAGCAUUGAAUACUCCAUCCCCUUCCCUCCCAGUGAAUGGAAUGAGAAAAGCCUUCUUCCUUUGCUUCAGGCAGCUGUCCCCUUCUCUUCUUUUGUGAUCCUAAGUGGGUCACUUAAGAAAGUGUCAGAUUCUCACUCCAUGACCUAAUUUUUUUUUUUUUUAUUUUUCAAUUCUGUUGUAAAAGAAAAUUUUUAAGUCUCCAACUUGCUAUUUCCAAAAAGAAGGUGCAAUAUCAUACAUCAUCAUUAGCAAUAUUAGCAUUUCAAUCAGUGAUCUGAGUGUUGAUACUUAUUGUUUUUCCUUUACAUUUCCAGUAGUGUCUUACAGAAAGGACCUGUGAUUUUAUUAAUGUGUAGAUUUGUAGUCUGUUCCCGAAGAUGUUCAAGUAAUAUAUUUUCAAAAAUACCACUGGUCCCAUAAGUCUUGCCUCCUUGACUUGCACCAGAACAAAAUCUGUUACCUAACUCAGCUUGGUUUCUGGUGUGUGUUCUUUGCUCAGGCCCCCAAGGGCAACUAAAUUGUUUUAAGAGAACUACUUCACUUGGUGUUUUCCCCCACUGCAGUCCUGAAGUUCUCAUCGAAACCUUUGUUUCUGGGUGGAUCAAGCGCUGUGAUCCCAUUCCUUGGGCCUGAUUUGUUUUGAUGUUUUUCUUUUAUGUUAGAAUGAGAAAAGCUUAGUACCACAGGUACCCAGAAUACUUGCAGUGUAAAUGAAGAUUGGAUUUUUGUAUAAAAAGAAAUAAUGCUGUCAAACAAGGAAUUGACCUUUAUUUAAUCUGGAAUGAUACUUGGCUGUGUAAAACAAAACAGAUUCAUUGAAACUAAAUCAGAUUGUUUGAAGUUGUUUAUCAGCAACAUUGGAUUCCUUUCUCCUUCUCUCAGUGUGCUUAGCCUUGUCUGCCUCUUCGUGAGUUACCGGUAUCUGUUUGCAGCCUCACAUGCUGCAGCCUUUCGGUCACUAUGUGACAUCUCGCUGCCAACCUCACUCAACUCGCAAUUGGCACUGGGCCUAUUUUUUUAUUCUGAUAGGGAGAGUGUUCAACUACUUGUUACUGCCAUGAUCCUUACCCUCCCUCCCUUCAAGUCUCUAAGCUCACCAUAGCCUAGAGUUAAGGAAAGUCAAUUCACACAGAAGCACAAUUUUGUCUUCUUCCAGACACUGUUGCCUCUAUCUAGUCAGACAAAUAGGAUUUGACCUACUUUCUGUUUGCUCUUAGAUUUGUGUUUAUGUCAGAAAUACACUUAGUGGUAAAAUGCACAUGUUACUUUUAAAUCAUUAGGAUACCCCCUCCUGUUCCUAAUGAAUAAAAUGGUGUGUUAAAAACCAAAAUUAUUGACAUAUAGCAGUCAGCUCCAAAUCACAUACAGUUUAAUCUUUUCUUAAUUUAAAGAAAUCAUGUUUAAAAUGGCAAGUCCAUAUUAUAUAUACACUUUUAUAUAGCUGCAAAAACUUUAUACCUGUAUAGCUCUAGCAUAACACUGUCCACUCAGUAUUUGUUUUAUUGAUGCACACAAGUGAAGCACUUUCCUAUUUAUACAGAGAUACUGAAUCCCAAGGCACAUUGUGCUAAUGACUGGAAAGUAGCCUUUCUUUAUUCUGUCGAUGUUUGCCAUAAAGUCCCCUUUCCAGUAGGUUUUUUUUUUUUUUUUUUUUUUUUAAAUAGAAGUAGUUGGCAAUUUAGAAGGCAUCAGAUCUGUCCUGGUGAAAUUCUGUUUUGUAUUUCUGACUGCUGUCUCCUUGGGGGUGUCUUGUCUUAGCACAGCACUCUUAGAGAUGGUUCAGACUUCUGUUCACUGAGUGCUUAGUGUAUUUUGGGAGCACGCUUGGUGUGAUAUCCAGGUAGCCAUGGUGGGCAUCUUGGUGGCCAGCAAAUGAGAAGGUGCAGUUGGUUCCUGCCCAGCCAUCAUUUUGGGAGAUGCACCAGGUGGCAAAUGGAUGUUGGUAAUCUUCAUCCUCUCUCCUAGAACAAUAUUGGCCUUUACUGUCUGAACUCAGCUGUGGGUUUUUGUUUGUUUGUAUGUGUUUUUUGUUUUUGUGGUCUUUAGUUUUGGGUGUUUUUUUGUUUUUGCAGGUUUUAGUUGUGGGGUUUGGGCUUUUUGUUUGUAUUUUGGUUUGUGUGGAGUUUGGUUUUUUUGUUUUGCAUGAAUCACCAUAUGUUGUAUUUUUUUUUUUUUAACUCCAACCUCCACAAAACAACUCAAGGCCUCCAAGUAUCAAGAUAAUCAUACUAAGAUUUUUCUGUCCAUUUUUUUUUAAGCAGAAUCUGAAAUUGUGAAAGCAUAUUAGAUUUUAUACUCCCUGAACUGUAAUUUGCUAAAAUUCUCAAAUUUGGGCCUUUUGUGAUAAUUGCAAGUGUGAUCUGCCUGCCAGCUUCUGAGAAUAUUUUUCCCAGUAUCUCUAGGCCUUCUUUAGAAGUCUGUCCUCCACAGUGCAUCUGGUUACCUCAAGUUGCUGUUUGUUAAGAUUAUGAAAGCUCACAGGGGUGUUUGUUGGAAUCAUUUGCUGAGUCAUUUCCUCAAAUCAUAUUCCAUUGUAUCAGUUAACAUAGUUUUAAAUGUAUGUAUUAUAAAUAUCUGUAACCAAAUCAUUUGAAGGCUUGAUAAAUUUUUAACAAAGUUUGUACAUUUUUUAUGAAAGUUACUAGUAAUGCUUUACUAAGUAGUGCAAUGAAUUUUUAUUUUUAAUCCCUGUGCCCAAUUUUGGAGUUGAGAGGGUUGUUGGUAAUAAAUGUAUGAUGUACACUUAAA